UCUCCUCCCCCCUCCUCCCCCCUCCCGAGGACAAAGACUAAAAUGGGUCACACUCCGGAGAGGAGCAGCAUCUUCUCCUCCAUCAUGUGAUGUAGUUCAUCCUCCUGCAGACUCCAACCGGCUGCUGCUCACCGGACCCGGUAACGACGACAAUCUGGACACAACAACAGCCGUCGGUCGGUGCCGGUUCGCCUUUUAACGAACAAAGGUUCGUUCCUCCGGGAUGGUGACGCGUCUUGCCGGGGCUCGCCUGCAUUGAUUCGGGGAUCUUCACCGGACUCGCCGCCGACGGAUGGACGAUGGACGCGCCGAGUUAACCGGAGGCCUCGCCGGUAAACGCAGAGACGAACUCUACUGAAACAUGAGUCCAAAUACAGUGUAAAAGACGCAAGUCUCGCGAGAACUCCUGAGGCGGACGGAGUCUGGUGCUUCCGUCCAAAGGUGAAGGUGUAUGUGGUCUCCUUCAAGCCCUGGUCUCCAUGACAACCACACACGUCAUAACCACAUCUGUGACUCUGCUUUCAGAGGACUUGGGCUGAAGUCCAGCUCGGAGGACUCUGGACUCUGGCAUCCACGGAGCCUCGGGUGCAGGAAGACUCCAGAUCAGCCAUGACUCCUCCAGCACGCCCGCUGCUGCUGCUGCUGAUGGUGAUGAUGACGUCACUUCCUGCGUCCGCCGUGGAGCCGGAGACCUGUUUCUCCAGACAGCACCAGAGCGCCAUCGUGAAUGUGCGGCAGGCGCGUCCAUCCUCGGCCAUGAGCGCCCGCAAGCUCCAAUCAGAGCGAGACUGCGUCCUCGCAUGCUGCUCCGAGGACGUGAAGCCAGGCGCUAAAUGCAACAUGGCCGUGUUCAACGGCAACAAAGACGCCGGAGAAGAAAACUGCUUCCUGUUCCACUGCAAGGCGGAGCAGGACUGUCCUCUGAUGAAGGCCGAGGGCGGAGUCAACACCUACGACAUCUAUAAAGGUACUCUGUGUUCCACCUGUUCAGGUACUCUGUGUACUACCUGCUCAGGUACUCUGUGUUCUACCUGCUCAGGUACUCUGUGUUCUACCUGCUCAGGUUCUCUGUGUUCUACCUGCUCAGGUACUCUGUGUUCCACCUGCUCAGGUACUCUGGGUACUACCUGCUCAGGUACUCUGUGUUCUACCUGCUCAGGUACUCUGGGUACUACCUGCUCAGGUACUCUGUGUACUACCUGCUCAGGUACUCUGUGUUCCACCUGCUCAGGUUCUCUGUGUUCUACCUGCUCAGGUACUCUGUGUUCUACCUGCUCAGGUACUCUGUGUUCCACCUGCUCAGGUACUCUGUGUACUACCUGCUCAGGUACUCUGUGUUCCACCUGCUCAGGUACUCUGUGUUCCACCUGCUCAGGUACUCUGUGUUCUACCUGCUCAGGUACUCUAUGUUCUACCUGCUUGGGUACUCUGUGUUCCACCUGCUCAGGUACUCUGUGUACUACCUGCUCAGGUACUCUGUGUUCCACCUGCUCAGGUACUCUGUGUUCCACCUGCUCAGGUACUCUGUGUUCUACCUGCUCAGGUACUCUAUGUUCUACCUGCUUGGGUACUCUGUGUUCACCUGCUCAGGUACUCUGUGUUCUACCUGCUCAGGUACUCUGUGUACUACCUGCUCAGGUACAUUUGAGGAGGUAACGUUCUUGCGUCUUCACAUCUUACUUUGUCUU